ACAGUCCUGGCCAUAUUAGGAUUUUUCUGAUCCUUCAGCUCUAUUAUGGUAACAGAUUUUGGGACAUUAGGUUAAAAAAGAAAGCAGGGUGAGAUUGCAGCCUGUAUAAUCUUCAUUGGUGUUUCUUAUCCUGCAAAAUAAGCAUUGUAAUUGUAUUUUCUAUGUGUUUUCUUUGAGUUAAUGGAAUAACUACAUUCGUGCUCAUAAUUAUUGAGAUCACAAAAUAUAGAAUUAAAAACACAAUUGGAAUCAAAUGCAGCUACACAAUCAUACACGAACAAACUUUUCUGAACUUAAAAGAUUCCAAUUCUGAAUUUGGGGAUACUUUUUAUAGCCAGUUUUUUUGUACACUUAAACCUCAAGGCCACUGUAUUUUAAAUGGCUGUUUUUCCUGAGCAAAACUCAGAUCUCCUUUUGUGAGCUGCUUUCAGCAAAUGAAUAUUGAAGUCUUUCCAAAGGUCGAAAAAGGAAGAUGUUUCUGUAUUCAUGUAGUCUUCAACUUAUGACCACAAUUGGAACCAUAAUUCCAUUGUUAAGCAGGGCAGGUUUAUGUGAGUUGUGCCUGAUUUUAUGACCUUUUUUGCCCCAGUUAACGAAUCACUGCAGUUGUUAAGUGAAUCAUGUGGUUAUUAAGUGAAUCCAAUUUUCCCUGCCAAUUUGGUUUCUUGGAAACUGGCUGGAAAGGUUGCAAAAGCAGCAACCCCCUGAUCCCAGGAUGUGCAGCUAUAGUAAAGACAUGCUGGUUACCAAUCACCUGUAUUUUCAUCCCAUGAUCAUGGAGAUGCUGCAACAAGUGUGAGUGUGAGGAUUGGUUGUAAAUCACGUUUAUUCAGUGCUGUUGUGACUUCGAACAGUCACUAAGCAAAUGAUUGUAAGUCAAGGACUACCUGAAUUCCAAAAGGAUCCUGGAGUAUCCAGGUGUGCAUAUCAAUGAUGACCAUCAAGCUGAUGAAAUGGCAGGCUUUUUUUUUUUACUUUUGUUCCUCUUUUCAUGCUGUGUGCAGUCUGCAACCUGCCACUUACAUUUAGCGGGUGCUUUAGUAUUGUUAGAUUGCAGACUUACCUUCCAAAAACCAAAUUUUAUUGACAGACAAAUUAAGGGAUUAUGGAUUUAUGAGGGAAGAAAUAACUUCUUAUCUACUAGGCUCUGAUUCAGCCAAACACUUCCUUGUGUUUAUCUUUAAUUGGGUCUUCUUGGUUAACAAUGAGUUCAACCAAUUACACUGUAAGAGUAUUAGAAUGUGCAAAUUGCACUUCUAAUCUUUCUGGAUUAUAUUGCAUGACAAUCUGGGUUUUAGAUAUCACACCAUGCCCUCUAGACACAAAAUACUAUUUUUCUCCCUCAGUUAAAAUAAAAAAGUAAUUUAGACAAACCAAGAGUAAUACUUUGAGUUGACUUUUUAAAUAAAAUAUUUAAACUUAGUCUAAUUGAUUAGAUAUUUUAAUUGCUUUAAUUUAUGACUGUUAAAGAUUUUAAUAUUUAGAAUAUGCAGUAGUUUAGUCAAAAGGAAAAAGAACUGCCUUAUUAAAUAGUGCAAUAUUGGUUUUUACUCAAAAAAGGGCUAACUUUUUGAAAUUAAAUUUAAGCUACUGUGAAGAAUUUAGUGUGUAUUAGAAAGUCUACAUAGACUUGAACCUUUAUGAUUUUAAAUCAGUGUAAUAAGCUUUCCAAAAUAUAGUCUUUCCUAAAAGAUGUGACUAACUUUUGAAUAUAAAUGCAAUUUGCAAACCUUUUUUUAAGACAGAGUUUUACUUUCAAAUUUUGAUUUCCAGCAAAUUUUUCUUGCAUUUGCAUAUGACACAAAAGGACAUUUGCUAAAAAAUCUAUUAUUGUUAAAAUAGCAGAUAUUCUUAUACUAUUUGUUAAAAAUUGCUUUUGGUCCAAUACUGCUGUUUAGGCAAUGUGAAAUUAGUUUAAACUUUCCUUAUUUUUUUUCUAAAUGUACAUCAUAAAAUGAAUUUUAUACCUAGAAAAUCAUUGUUAGAGUAUAAUCAGCACUGUGAAUUAAUCUCGAUUUGGGAAUUUACUUCUGGAUUUUUCUCAAUUUUUCUGAAGAAAGAAACAACAAACAGUCUUUGUCUACUAAAUGUAUAAAUUAACUAAAGAUUAUAGGACUUUUAAGAUUUUUUUAAAAAAUUAACCGUGGUUAUUCUCUGGAAAUCAAAUACUCUUCAUGAUGGAGCAACUUCCAUAUCUCCAAACAGUUUGGUCAACGUUAGUUGCUUGUACCUAUGAUAGAUACUUCUGUAAGUUAUCAAAUAACAAAUUAUUUCACUUCAAUUUUGGAUUCCCACUGUAAGCUAUGAUUAUGCUGCUUCUUUAUAGCCCUUAAGCACUUUCAAUGUAUAUAUUCAUGAACUUUGACUGAGCUGUGAAAUUAAAAUGUCCUGUGGUGUGAUGAAGAUGGCAGAUCUUUAAGUAGGCUACUAGUUUGGCAGUGAUAAAACACAAAAGUUAGUGUUCCUGCAAGAAAUUAAAAAAUCCUAUGAACUAGCAAAGCAUAACUGUACACUGCACAGUGUUAAUUUGCAGAUGAUAGUAAAAAGUGGCAAAAUAAUUCCCUGCCCUCUCUUAUGUCUUUUAUUAAAAGUAUUUAUGUUAUUUUACGUUAUAAUUUAGUAUAUUAUUAUAAUCUAAAAUGUAUUGAGUCAUCACAUUUCUUUCUUCUAUUCCCCAUCCUUUAAACCAAACAUUAUUCCAUGAUUUAAUAAGAUUUGUAGUUUAUCUGUAUGAGUACAGUAAACUGAUGAAUAAUUGUAAUGAAGGACAAUAUCAAAAUGUUAUUUCUUGAAAUGGUUUCUUUGAGAUAUUUGUAUCAGUUUAGAAGAGAUUGUGUCCUCAGAUCAAGUUAGUUUCAAUAUUAGAUGAGUCAAUCUUGUGGAACUUAGUAGACAUAGAUGAUCAUGUUAUUAGCAGCUUCCAUGGAAUUUAGAAAGGGAAGAAUGUGUUUUAUCCAAUCAGCAACAUUUUUUACUAAAACCACUACCAAUAGGUCAUCUUUGUUAAUGUUUAAUGUGUAUCAGUCUGGAACUAGCAUUAGCAAGAAUUAUUAUUAGAUCUUAUUAUAUACAUAAAACAAAUCAUGAUAUUUUGCAUUAAGUUUCAGUAACGAUAUGUUUUUUCAGGCCAAAGAUCAGUUAUUCUAAUAAAAGAGAUAGGGUCAAAAUAAAUAUGUCAGCAGGUCAAACUAAAAAUUAAAUUCUCCAUGAUUUUAAUUUAUAGUGAAGUUUAGUUUUAUUUAAUAUUGAUCAAAUGAAUAAAUUGUUUAAAUAAAAACAUAAUCAUAUAUAUUAUAUAUUUAAUAAUUUUCCCUUCUGUGUAGCGUACUUCUGGAGGACUUCUCUAAGCUACAUCCCAUUUCAUAAAUAUUUGUUUGUGAAGCCAGGAAGGACUAUUGGAUCAUACUGGCUUCAUUUCAUUUCAUUCUUGACUAGUUAAUGGUCCUUAUUAUAUGCAAAAUGAGCAACUUUGGGUGGAUGGUUGUUAUUCUUUGCUAGUGUUAAAACUCAUCUCUUGGGGUUAUUGCUGUGGGAAAGAUAGGAGGAGAAAUAUUAGGUAUAUUUGUUGCCUUGAGUUAUUUAUAAAAAUAAUUUGCAUUCACAACACCUGAUCUGAGUUCAGUUGCUUUUUUGCUUUUGAAAGAUGUGGCAGAUUCAUAAACAUGGACCAAGGUUGGACCAAGGUUGAACCCAGAGGUAUCUGCAAAGUAAUCAAAGGAUUACAGGUGAUGAAAGCUUUAUGGCACUGUUGAAAUUUAAGCUUGGCUCUUUCUGUACUUACAAUUUGACCUUCAAUGCACAUUUGAAAAAGGCAGGGCUUAUGUUGCAAGAGUGCAAUGCUGCUUUUGUCCAUUAGUUGAAAAUUUUGAAUUCUGCAAACACAUAUAGUUGAGAAUCUGACAAGAUCAAUGGACCAUACAGAUGGUGUUAAGUAGAAUAGAAAAAACAAUUCUAUAUAUGGAAGACUAAUUAUAUUCAUAUCUCUUCUUUAUAUUUCAUGCAUGGCUUGCUUUACUCGUUUUGCAAAAGUUUUGAUAACUUUAUGAAAUCAGAACCUAAUUUUUGACCUACUGUUGAAAAAUGUGCAUUCUAAUAUAGAGGAGGUUUUUGUCAAAGUCAGAUCUAUCGGAUAUUUGUGAUAAUUCCUACCGAAACUGCUUUUUUAUUUAAAACUGACAGUGUUAAUGAAUAUUACAGAGGAACCUGGAACAUGUACAAAGAGGUCAAAAAAUGGUGACAAAACACUGCCCCUUUUUCAUGGCACACAUGUGACACACAUGUAAAGGGUGAAGCAUCAAAGAGUCAUGCCUAAAAGACUCAGCAAAAAUCCCACAUAAAUUGGUUUGAGGAUUUUAUAUUAAUUAUUACAUUCUGAAAACAGAAGCACUUAGGUUAUUUCAACAUGUUAGACUAAAAGGUUAAGUGUAGUCAAUAUGAUUCAGUUAGUUUCUGCAGAUAUUUCAAAAUGCAGUUCUACAAAUACGUAUUACAUAGUAAGUGUUGGUUUUUGUGAAUGAAUGUAUCUGCAACUGCACAUUAUAUAUUUUCAUUUUUAACAUGCUUGUUUUGCACCAGCUCUGCGUUUGUCUAAAAGUCUAUUUAAGAAGAUACUUACCCAAAGUUAGCUUCCAAGCAGAAAAGGCCUAGGUGUGGCCUUUUGUUUUAAGAUAAUAUAACUAAGAAUAAUUAAAUACAUACCAGUCUAGGUGCGAUUUGCUCUAAGUUCCACUGUUUGUGACAGGAAGAUAACAAAACUUUUCCACUGCUAUUUAUCAUUGCUGUUUCACCAUAGCUAGCAUACUAGGCGGUUCUAUAUUUUAUCCGUUCUUCCCACCAACUCUAAUAGAAUGCAUUUAAAUUUGGAAAUUCCUAGGCAAGUAUUGGACUACUUUUUGUGGAUGUACUUGAGACUCUGGAUGGGGAGAUAUACAACCAUUUGCAUUACCCCUGGUGUUCCCUAGACCCCUAGUCAGGAACUGCCAGGAGAAAAUCUGAAUUGGCAGCCCAUUCUAGCCUAGCCUCACAGGACCCCUUAAGAGAGUAUCUUGCAGAGAUUAAGCGCUCCUUGGGCUGCUUAGCCUGCCUCCCAGGAGGCAUGGGUUGGUUUCUUUACAUAUUUGCUGAAAUCAAUCCUCUAAAAACCAGGCACUCUAUAUCUUGGUUGGAUUUUAUCUAAUAUUUGUAAUGAAUUGUCAGCUGCUUAAGUGCAUCCAGUUGCAAUGGCUGUCAAAUUGAAAGUGAUUAUGAAACUUCAACUCUCUGAGCUACUCCUGAAAAUCAAAUUAAACUUUUCAAACGCCUCGAGCCAAUUGUUUUGCAGUCAAUGCCUUGUAUCUAGAUAAGCAUGAGAGUUGAAAUGCAAUCAUUUGAAGAGUGGAGCCUGGAGAUAAUGAUUUUCCUGAUGUAAUUAUUUUUCAAUUAAGCAACAAUCCUACCAUGCUGCUUUAUUUUAUAUACAAUUAUCUAAUAUUUUGUUAACCUGAUUUUGAGAAAUACUUUUUAAGGAACCUAGGAACUGUCCAACACAGGAAGAAUCAUUUCAUUCCACUAUGACUCUAAUUCCACAUCAUAAUUCAUUUGUUUCUGAUGGCUGAGAGGAAUCUCAUUGCACAUUUGCUGUUGAAGGGCUGGGUGUUGAGAUAGCAUACAGACAUCACUAUCACUAUAGGGCUCUUUCAUAAUAUAUUUUACCCCUGUGCCAGGGGAAUGAUUUCUAGGUUGGCCUUGGAUUAGAUUCAAGCCUACCUUGAAGGAAAGACUGGAAGUGAUUAAGUAGUAUUAAGUUUUUUAAAAAAUCUAUCUUGGGAUAACAGCAGCCUACCUCCAGUACGACAUGAGGACAGAUGGCAACUACUCGGUAUGAAUGCUGCAAACUUGUGGUAUGUUUCAAAGCUUGCAAGGCUGUGUCAUAUCUCUGGGGUUUCCCUUUCAUUGGAAUCAGAGGAACUCCAUCCAAAGAAUAUAAGGAAAGGAAGGCUGUGGAGAAUGUGGCUGUGCAGCAGCUUUGAACAAUUCUGAAAGAAGUGGAUUGUUUGGACACCUUUCCGUCAGGAUUCUGGCCCUCCUGGGAUGGGAUUGAGAUGGCAUUGGCUAUACUCUUGGAUUAUCUCUAUGAGAUGAAUGCCAUCAAUUCAUUUGAAGCUGAAUACAUAAGGAAUCUGCAAAAACAAAUCUGCUUACUAGAAUAUGAGACAGCUUAUCUUAGAGAGAAGGCUAAGAAUGCUACACAAAUCCCACCUAAAGUUACUAGAAAAGCCACAAUGCUAUCACAAACGCUGAAGGAACUGGAAGCUACCAUAAACAGAACAGAAACAGAUAUAGCAAAGAAAGAAAAUAGCAUCAAGCAUUAUGAAACUGAAACUCAAGCAAUGCACAAACGUCUUCAAAUACUGUCUGAUACAAGUGCUAAAGAAAAGCUGCUAUUAAUGGAGGAGCUUUCAAAACUGAAGAAAAUGGUUGAACGCUCUACCCAGGACAUUUCACACAAAGAAGCAGAACUGCUAAAAAUUCAGAGAGAAAUUCAAGAGAAUGUGAAUUCAGUGAAAGAAAAAGAACAUGCUGUCUGUCUUUUGGAAUCAAAAUGUCAGCAGAAGAAUUGGCAGUACCAAGACAUGGAAAAAAACCUUUCAGAACUCAGAUCACAGUGCACACAACUGCAAGCAUUGCUCUAUCGCUUAGAAGAGAAAUUAUCAAUGAGCUCCCUAUCUCCACAAGAGACUAUUGUUAAGGAACUUAGUGAGGAAGCUGAAAAAUUAAGGCAGAUCCUCAAGGAAAAUGAGCUUUCAGCUGAUGAAGAUAAGUAUUUGCUCAACAAGAUGGCAGAAGAUUGUGGACAUCUGACAAAGGAGAAUAGUCUUUUACAUGCUCAAAUACAGAAAAUUACCAAGCAUCUAAACCAGGAAAGGCAGCUGAGAGAGGAGGAGACAUCUUCCUAUUCAAGAAGAGUGUCUGAGUUAGCAUCAGGAAGAGAGAAAACAUGGCAACUUAAGCGGAAACUCACCCACUUGAAGACUCUGUUACAAAACCUAAAACAGAAAGUUCUUAAAGCUCAGGAACAGUUACUUCAUCUACAAGAAAGAAAAUCUAUGGAUCACAAAAGGCAACAUCUUCAUACACAACUAAUUGAUUUAGAAAAUCAACACACCAAAGUGGAGCUGGAAAAUUCUAAACUGAGAAGAGAGAAAAAUCAUUGGGUGGAACGUAUUUCUCAAAUACACAAACAGAUUGCUGAAAACCACAAGGAAAUCAGUUUUCUGCAUGACCAUGUUUAUAGCUUGUCGUGUGAUCUCAACAACUUGAAAUCUGAAGUUAAUAUGGCCUCUAUUCCUCAGAAGGAAGAGUGAUCUCCAAUAUAUUAACAACAAACUGUAGUUUAAUGAACUAAUAAGCUGAAAAGUAAUUAAUUUUUCCCAUAUAUAAUAUCAUUUCUUUGAAAAGUUUCUUUAAAUCGGGAAGUUGUAUUUUAUACAUGGUACUAUUUUUUUAAAAAAUCUUACAGAAAUAUUUGAAGAUAAACUAGUUUUUUUGCUUUAGAAAACAUUUUAAGCAUUUGUAUAGAUACAAAUAUUAAAAGAAAUUAUCCAGUGUUAGUACCAGUGAAAAAAUAGGGCUUGCAUGGUAUUUUCAACAUGAUUAUGUUCAGCAUACAACAAAUCUGUGCAAUGUUUUCAUGAUCAACCAAAGAGAAAAUAAAUUACCUUUUUUAAAA